AUAACUGUCCAAUUUAAUUAUAGUUUAAUCUUGCGUUAAUUCUUAGUGGUGCAAUAUACAUUCUGCAAAAUAACAAAAUGCCACGUUUCAGCGUAGAUACAAAUUUACCAGCUUCAAAAAUUCCCGAAGAAUUUUUGAAUACUGCCACUAGUCUUCUUUCUAAAAGUCUAGGGAAAAGACAAUCAUAUUGCGUAUCAACAGUGAAUCCGGGUGUAAAAAUGACACUUGGUGGUUCCAAUGAUCCCUGUGGAUUUAUUCAAGUAACAAGUAUUGGGAGUUUGGGACCAGCAGAGAAUCCCAAGCACAUGGAAGUUUUAACUGACUAUGUACAUAAAACUCUUGGAAUUCCGAAAAACAGGCUGAUAAUAAAUUUACAAGCAAAUAAUCAAGAAACUACCGGUUAUAUUGGAACCACCUUCCAUCAACUAUUUUCUGUUGAAAAAGGAAAACGACUUUGAAGAAAAAAAUUGAUUAUACUUUGAUUGAUAUUUUAAAAUAUAUUUGUAUAUAUGGAGAAAUUCAGCAAGCAUGCUUACCCUUUUUAUUGUUAAUUACUAUACUGACAAACUUGAUUCAUAAAAAUAAUAACGAUCAUCGUUUUUCAUUGUAAAUUGUUAAACAGAUGUUUUAAAUAAAAAAUUAAUAGAAAUUGGAAAAUCCUAAUUUAUUGGCAUCAUGAAUAAUUAGUUUUGGAAAUAAGGUCUUUAAAAAUAUUAACUUAAAUAUACUAAGAAUCAAAAUUUGAAUAAUUGUAUUACUACAAUGGGUGUAAGCAUACCUGAGGAAUUAACCUGUAUAUAUUUUAAAAUAUUAA